AUGCCAUCACUCCUCCCGGCCCUUUCUCAGCGCUUCUGGCUUCUCUGGCCGUCCCACCAAGCACUUGCGCAGGAGGGAAAGUUGAAGGUUGAGGUACCCGCGAUGGCAGCAAAAGAGUUGGCAACAGCAGCGUCAGCUGCGUGGAGGAGGAGCAGAGUGGUUCCAAAAAUUGACUUAUUCUACGAUGUCGCCAGCCCGUACAGCUGGCUGGCGUUCGAGACGCUGAUGCGAUAUCGCGACCUCGGCGUGUGGGACGCCGACAUCACGCUCCGCCCGUUCUUCCUCGGCGGCAUCAUGAAAGCCACAGGAAACAAGCCCCCAGCGACUUUGAAAGCGAAAGGGAAGUACAUGAAGGAAGACCUGGCGAGGAUGGCGAGGUACCAUGGCGCCCCACUAGUGCCCCUCAAGGACCCCCGCGCAAUGUUCGAGACGCUCGCCGCCCAAAGAUUGCUGAACGCGGCGGCAGUGGAUGCACCGGAGCGACUAGAGGGCCUCACCCGCGAGCUGUGGACGAGGCUGUGGGGGGGCGGAGGGGACAUUGCCAGCGAGCAGGGUCUCCAGGAGGCGUGCAUGGGGACGGGGAUGGACGCUGGCUCUGCCAAAUCUCUGUUGGCAAGAUCGGGUGAUGCUGACAUCAAGGCUAGGCUCAAAGAGGAGACACAAGAAGCGAUCAGGAGGGGCGCGUUUGGAGCGCCUUGGAUAACUCUUCAAACAUGCGCCGACGACGACGACGACAGGAAGCCUUGGGAGGCGUUCUUCGGCUGCGAUCGGUUCGACGUGUUGGCGCAGGCCAUGGGACAACCGUGGCUCGGACCCCACCCUAACCUAUCGAAACUCUAGAAGCGAGGUCGUCGUCACGUUCGUCUUCAUGAGCAGGUCGCGCAUUGUUCAUGAAACCCGGACUUAUGCGUAGUUUUUUUGCGGAUUUUUCGGGCAGAGGCCAACUCGGCGGGCGAGGCCGCGCGCGUGAAGGCCAGAGGAAUCGACAAACGAUACCGUCGGGGUAAUGACCUGUUGCGAGGGCUGUCCGCGGUUUGGGGGGGAGGCGGGGCCAAAUUAACAACAGCACAUGUUUGCAAAUUCUCGACACGGCUCAGACGUGAGUCUGUUGUUGUUCUUACAAAGAAUUCAGCAAAUCCGUCUCUUCCACAGACAAGAGUCCGUGGUAGAUUGGGUAUUCGUGUUGUACGGUGACAACUACGGUUCCCCGAGCAGCAAACAGCGAUAUCUCCCCUGUGGGUAAUAGGCUCGACAAAACAGGUAGGUGGCCGUUGUCUGUACAUAUCUGACUUCAUGCUACGCUGGAAAGGUGUUGUCUAGAGGAGUACGGAGUAUGUUGGGAAGAUGUUGGGUGGCGGGUAUUCGGUUUGUGAUACCCUUGGUUGAACAUCCACAAGGGCACCCAUUAUGUGUGUGCUAGUUCAUUGUACUUGAUGUUGGUGACGUGGCACAGGUGGAUAUUGAUUGGACAUGUAGUGCUGCAUAUGCGCUCCUGUAUUGCGUCGCGUUGUGCAUCGACAAUAUAUACUAUGUAUUGAUAGUACACGCAAGAUGAGCAGAGUGGAUAACAUAUACGUACGUCGUUCAGGUCGUGUGCGAGUAGAGUGCACAGAUCUCCAAGAUCUUGUCUGAAUGUGGUGUGCGGAAACAUUGUGUUGUUUACCCCCUGUUUCCUUGUCGGUUCCCUGUGAGUAAUUUAGAACGUGUGUAUUCUCCUUGAGUAUGUCGCAUAGCACCAGCGCACUUCAUCACACUAGCAUAUGCAGUUCAGACGGGUGGUAUUGGCAUGUGGCGUGUCGGUACGGGCUUCUGCAACUUCAUUGUAGUGCACCAAAAGGCCAUUGCGCACACACCUGUGAUGGUUCGUAUGCAUACGCGUUGUAUGAUGUCCGGAUCACUUACAUUUAUUCAGCAGCGAGCAGGAGCAGCACGUCUCUUCGGCUGUGUAACCCGUCCUCCUCAUGUCCCUUCGAAGAUGUCUAUUUGUGUCGCGCAACCGCUGGAUCCGAAACGCCGACUGCUUCCCAAACCAAGAGAGGUGGCACGUGCAGUUCAAACGGAAUGGCCGCGUGGCUCCUCCCUUAGCCUUUCUAUCACACGCGCGGCUGGCUCUUUGAAGGGUUAUCCAGCGGCCGCGUGGACAUCAGGGCCUUUCCACCUGUGUACUUUUGGGGAAAGACUGUUUCGUUUACAUACGUUGAACGUUCUACUCGGCAAGGUGCACAGAUCGUCUUCCGUAUUCCCCCUUGCGGUGUUAAUGGUUUGUAAGUAUGGCCACCCGUAGGGAGUUUGUCCGCGUCGGCACGAGUGAAUUUUCGUGUGGGUACGCGCCCAAACCAGUGUUGGUGGGGGUAAGGGUUGCACCAGUGAGCCAGCCAGUGGCGCGGGCCGGGGACUCUACCGCCACGGUGGGGCAAAGCCGCUGGAGAACGGCGGCACGUGCUACCGUGGCGUCCUUGCGGCGCCGGUGACUGCUGCUACUGUUGAUUGCCGCUGCUGUUACAUCAGUCAGCCAGCAUAUUGUAUAGUCUAGCUAUGUGUUUUUUUUGUGCUUUGUUUUUUGUUCCGUGAUUAGUUUCGGGCAUUUUGUAUUUUCAGUUUUUGGGACACAAAAUGUAGAUGUAGAUACGGAAAAUUUUUCAGAUCUAGAGUGAAGGAGAGAUCAAGAACCAUACACUAUCAGACUUCCAAGCACGAACCCGACCUUUGGUUCGGCAUGCGAACUUUUUGGGAUAUAUAUUUCCUUUGUUGUCGACACCGGACAAUUCAAGGCAGAGGCAACCCCCAUUUCUCGUGUGACUCUGUUGCUGCUUUGUGGACAGGUUCAAGGUCUCGGAGGUGAAGAGGGAUGUUUCCUCGAAGGGAAAAUCGUGCAGAAGUAGGCCGUGGAGAGACAUGUCUGUCUUGUCCUUCACACACAGAAGGACCACCAAGUGCAACGCGCGACCGGUUUGAAUCGCCGGCCGCUGUACGCACUGCUGUGCUGGGGUUUCAUUUUUGUCCAUUGGAGAAUCGACAUCAGGACCAACUCGCGUUUUCGGGGUGCAGUAUCUGAUACGAGGCCAGGUGAGUACUAGGGACCUACCACAGAUGGCUGCCAGGGUUUAUUUGCCGCCUACAUAGAGGGGUUUUGCGCAAUCAAUACCCAACCCUCGCGAAGGUUAAGGAUUGCAACACAAAUUGGCAACAUGCGGAAGACACAAACAAGCCGGGAGUUCCCUGCCUGCUGCCAUUUCGAUGACACCAAUCGCUGCCUCUUACGAAUGUUAGGACAAGUGCACCGAGACGCGCUGUUGACAUACUACACCUACAGUUACACACGAAUGACUCGCCAAUCGCUGGGAACACAUCGAUGGUAACGCCCUUAUCUAUUCUAUUCACCAUCAACCCUCUUUUCUCCGUGCAACGAAAGCUUCUUGAGUUCAUCUGAAACAUACAUCGUCGAAGCCUUGCCCACCCCGGCUUCCCUCGCUCUGCAUCCACCUCGGCAACAGGAACCCUCCAAACAGAACUUCAAGACAGCGUUGUUCAUGUAGCGUGUGCAAAAUCAAACUCAAUGCCCACCAUCCUGUCCUGUGCGAUCCAGACAGGGGGCUAUUUGUACUAGCUCACCCAUAAACCUGGCGUCAUCUGUUCGGCAAGCGUCUUCACCGACGGUAGGCUAACUCAUAUCGCCAGAGAGCACCGAAAACGACAAGGAAAAAAAAACAUUAAAGAACAGGAUUUCGAAAUAACGAGCAAACGCGAACCCAGGUCAGCACAACAACUGGUGCGCGGUGAGCACCAAAAAAUGCAACGCCGAAUCCCAACAACAAAAAUGCAUUGAUAAUAAUCCACACACCAGAGAAUCUUGACAAAAGUGAACGUUCGAGAGAAUCGUCAUGCCGCAAUCUUGCUGCUGCUGCUGCUUCGGGGACACCACGCGACGACACCCUGGCCAUCGCGGCAGCAGAAUAAAACAACAAAAACGCCCCCGUGUUCUAAGCUUGGUCGUCCAGCGUGUCCAAUAAUCACAUGGGCACCAUUGAACUUGAGUCUACAGCAAAAGCGGGUGAUCUCUACCCCAUGUCGCGUCCGACUUGCGGCACCUGACUUGCGGGUGCAUUGUUAUUAUGUAUCAUGUACAGGGGUCACCACCCACGAAACACGCGAGAAAUCAAACUGAGGGGCGGGAAAAACGAGGCAUGGCACCUCAACCUUCUCCUCUCUCACCUUCGUCGCGCCUUGCUGUACACGUCUAAAUCGUGGUACGUAUGUACGAGCACUAAACACCCUCUCUACAACCAUACGGGCAUUUCGGGGCAAGACGUGCAGCAGCGGGUCCCAUCUGCCCUCUCCUGCCUCAGAAUCUCGACACACCUUCUAUCCGAGACCAUCGAUUACGACACAAAUAGCUUCGAUGAACGAGAUAGCCCUGCGAGCCAGAUAAGUUCAGCAAGACCAGGAUCGUCAUCCCCACCUCUACGGGUAGGCGCAGUGCAAAAAAUGCUGCUGCGGCCAUGCGCGGAAAACAACAUAAACCCAGGGUCCCCUCCCCUCCCCC